CCUUCUCAUCAUCACCACCAUCUACCAGACAUGAGUCACUCAUCGAGCUCGAUGCAUGGAGAGGGUAGCCAAGAUACACACAACCUGGUUGGCAGAGAAGGAAUGCCUUCUCCGGCGCGGCGACCUCAACGGCCAAGGAUUAAGUUCACUCAGGAAGAAGAUGAACUUCUGAUCGAGCUCAAGGAGCAGAAAAACCUCACAUGGAAGCAAAUUGCCGACUUCUUCCCCGGCCGCAAUCCAGGCACAUUGCAAGUGAGAUAUUGUACCAGAUUAAAGACAGAGUCCACGCCAUGGACAAGAGAAAUGGAUGAAAGAUUACUAGAUGCUUUACAAAGUUAUGAAGAUGAAAAGUGGCGCAUCGUUGCACAGAGAGUUGGAGGUGGAGUAACGCCGAUGGGGUGCUGCAAUCGCGUGUGGGAGCUGUUUAAUGAUGACCUU